GGCCACAAAUGGCGUCGUCUCUGUCGAGUGGAGCAUGUUUCUGGAAUUAAGCACAAUAGGAGUUUUAAUGCCAAAAUAGCUGGUCCAAUAUGCCACCUACCCUGUUCCAAAAACUAUUCAACAAAAGAAAUGCUUUUUCGCCUCUGCCGAAAUGUCAGAAGGAUGAGCCCGCGUUCAGCUGGCCUUCCCCCGAACUGGAACCCAGCCAGAUUCGUCUUAUUGUCUACCAAGACUGUGAGAGACGUGGUCGAAAUAUCCUUUUCGACUCUAACACCAAAAAGAGGGGCAUGGAGUUAGCCUUGAAUACGAAGACAUGUGGUGAGUCACAAGCUAAAAUGUGCUGUCAGCUGAGAUCGACGUGUGGUAGCGCCAGUUCUCUGGACAGCACUUCUUCAUGUGCCUCAGAGCCCAAGGAACAUAACCGGUUUCAGGGUGCAUCACGGUACUCUUCAGAUUCCAACAUGUUGGGUGAGAUGAUGUUUGGAUCGGUUGCAAUGAGUUACAAAGGUUCUACACUGAAAAUUCACCAGAUCAGAUCCCCUCCACAACUGAUGUUAAGCAAAGUGUUUACAGCACGUACAGGCAGCAGUGUCUACGGCAGCCUCAACACGCUGCAGGACAGCUUGGAGUUUAUCAAUCAAGACUCCAACAGUCUUAGGCCAGAGCAGAACACUGUGGUCAACGGCUUUCUGGGAAACAUAGGUUUCUCUCAGCUCUGCAGCCCACGUCGGGCCUUCUCUGAGCAGGGCCCACUUCGUCUCAUCAAGAGUGCCUCUUUCUUUUCAGGUCACAGUAACCCUAUGGACAUGCCUGGUCGGGGUUUUUAUGAUGAGAGAGACAGUGGCAUUGCAAGAUCAGCAUCUCUAAGUAGUCUACUGAUCACACCAUUCCCAUCUCCGGGCUCCUCUCUCAGUAGUAGCUGUGCCAGUAGCUACCAGCGCCGCUGGUUACGUAGUCAGACUACAAGCUUGGAGAAUGGAGUCUUUCCUCGAUGGUCUGUGGAGGAAAGCUUUAACAUGUCUGAUGAGAGUUGCGGCCCAAGCUUGGGUGUAGCAAGAAAAAAGAAGAUAGCCAUUGGGGUAAUCUUCGUCCUGUCGCCCAACAAAGAGGAGAAUGUCAAGUUUCAGGAGUUUUUCUUCUCCCACUUCCCUCUCUUUGAGAGCCAUAUGAACAAACUGAAAAGUGCCAUUGAACAGGCAAUGAAGAUGAGCCGACGAUCAGCUGAUGUCAGUCAAAGAGUCCUGGCCCACAACCGCAUAGUGGACAGCCUCAAUGAAUUUAGGACAACCAUCUGCAACCUGUACACCAUGCCACGCAUGCCUGAGCCUGUCUGGCUUACCAUGAUGUCUGGUGCUGUUGAGAAGAACCAGCUUUGUGGCCACUUUAUGCGUGAGCUUGCUUUACUGAUGGAACAAGCUUCUAAAAAUCAGUUUUUUCCGGCUCUUCUCACAGCUGUGCUUACUAACCAUCUAGCCUGGGUGCCUACAGUCAUGCCUAAUGGCCAGCCACCAAUCAAGAUCUUUCUGGAGAAACAUUCCUCAAAAAGUGUGGACAUGCUGGCAAAGACACAUCCGUACAAUCCUCUAUGGGCUCAACUUGGUGAUUUAUAUGGUGCAAUCGGCUCUCCGGUGCGGCUUUCACGUACAGUGGUAGUUGGACGGCGCCAGGAGUUCGUUCAGCGGCUCCUCUAUGUUCUCACCUAUUUCAUCCGCUGCUCUGAACUGCUGGAGACAACCACAAGUGGGAACGGCACUGAUGAGCCAGAUGAAGAGGCUAUUGAUGUGCCUGGUACACUUAUUACUACCUCACUGCGCCGUGGAGAGGUUGAGGAGUCUGAAUACGUGCUUGUUACUGUGCAUAAACACAACCAGGAGGGAAGUGAAACAGACAUUACAGGUAUGGAGGAGGAGCAGCAGCACACAAAGCAUGUUGUACCAGUCAUCAAGGCUGAGGAUCUGAAUGAUGAUCAGAUUUGCCAGGAAGCUGGCAAGCCAUUAGUUAACCCGUUAACAGAGACUCUGGUAAAUGUGGGCACCACCUCACACAUAAAAAGUGCCCCUUUGUUAAAUGCACAAGAACAGUUAGAGAGGCGUGAUUCUGUUGUGGAGCCAAGCAGUUUGCCAAUAAAGAUUAUUCGGUCUCCGGGGAUCCCGCUGGAGAAGAAACCACCUGAUAAGAUCAUGUCAAUUCUUCUGGGUGAGGAAGAGGAGACCAGCAAAGUAACUUUCCUUAUUGGUGAGUCAAUGUCACCAGAAUCAGACACGGAAAGCCAGCGGUGCAAGGUUGAAGAUGAGAUUAGGAAGCACAAGAUGCCUUUUUCGGAGAAACAAAAGCAGCAGUGUUGCAGUGAGCUGCCUAAACCACCGUUACUGGACCAAAUCGAGAACAAGAAAGCUGCAACCUUAGUGAACAUCACUAGAAGUCCUUCUUGUUUUAACCCUGGGGACCAAGAGACGAGCAUUGACCUUUUUGAUGAGUAUUUUAAUGAGAGUAACCCUGUGGAAACACGGACUAUCGAUGACGUCUCCGAUAUGGUGUUGCCCAUGACUAAGAUUGGUGCUGAAAAACUUCAAAAAGUGCAAGAGACUCAGUUUAGUCGGACAAAGGUUUGUGAGCAAAGGGAAAGUGAGCAGUGCCAGUGUAGCAAAAACAUUGCCACCACAGGUGGCUGUACAAAUUGUUCUGAUGAGCAGGACAAAGGCAUUGGGAUUUCACUUCAUUUACCGUACCAAGGAGAGGAGGGAGAGUUGAAAAAGGCACCUUUGCUAAAUGAGUGGGAGAUUCCACGUAAUGAGAGCUCGGACAGCGCACUGGGAGACAGUGAAAGUGAGGAUGCAGGGCAGGACCUUACCAAACAGGAGCAAGAUGCACAAUCCUUUAGUGAAGAACAAAGUGAAUGGCAAGAGGAACUGGAGGUGUCCUUUCCUGGGGUGGAUUUGGUUGAAAAUUACUCUAAACCAAGCAUUGCAAACUUUGGAAGAUCACUGUUUGGUGGCUACUGUCCUACUUACGUCCCUGACUUUGUUCUACAUGGAGUUCCCAAUGACAGCAAGCUGAGACACAGUCUUGCAUCUGAUUUGGCCCAUGCAGUUCAGCAUCCUGUGUUGGAUGAGCCUAUUGCUGAGUCAGUCUGCAUUAUCGCAGAUACAGACAGGUGGACGGUGCAGGUAGCCAGCAGCCAGAGACGUGCCACAGAGAACAAGCUCGGCCAAGAAGUGCUUGUUUCAAACAUUGUGUCCAGCCUGUUGAACUCCACAUACCAGCUUUACCGUCUUAACAUGUCCCCCAACUUUUGCAUAAUGCACUUAGAGGAUCGACUUCAGGAGCUCUACUUCAAGAGUAAAAUGCUUGCAGAGUAUCUUAAAGGACAGACCAGAGUGCAUGUCAAAGAGCUGGGCAUGGUUCUAGGGAUCGAGUCCAGUGAUUUGCCCCUCUUAGCAGCUAUUGCAAGCACACACUCUCCAUAUGUGGCCCAGAUUUUGCUGUAGAGGACAAUGGAAGAUAUAUGGACAUUUUUCCAGUGCUCUUCUGGCAGGGGCAGUUAAGCCACUGGAUUAAAAAAUCUUGACAGUCCAGAUGUAUAAAGAGUCAUUGAGAUUCAAAGACUUAAGAUUUUAAGUGAAUCUUCAGGCAACCUACCUGAAGUCAGUGUGCUGCACAGUUUGACUCUUUUGUUGAAUGAAGAAAAUGUUAAAUCGUUAAAAUGAGGCAUCCAUUUUUUAAGACUACGUUGAUUGUAUUUUUAUAAAGAGGCUAUAUUUGUUUUGGGUGAUUGUCCUGGCAUAAAAGAAACUCAAUUAUGACUUUUGAAUGGAUAGUGUGAAAAUUAAAUGAGGUUUGCAAUGUGGGUAUGAUAAAUUAUAUCUAUAAGCUCAUAUUCAAUAUUAAAUGCUCAAUCAACAAUUUUAUAUUUGUUUACACUAUGGUAAUUAUUCUCACUAAAAUGUUAUAGCAGACAGAGAAAGAGGUGGAGAAAGUCUAACAGCACUACCUCAAACAAUUGCGAAUGAUUAGUGUAGCUAAUAAGUGUUUUUACGUAAUGUCUGUGUAUAUAUAUAUAUAUACGCUGUUUAAAAGGAUUUUUACAUUCUACUUAUAUAGCAUAAAGAAAUGACUUUUUCUUACAGCUAUGUGGCCACCAUACUGUUUACUGCAGAGGACAUAAAAUGGCCAACAUACUUUGUCUGGUCGUGCUUGGCAUGCAAAAAACAUCAAACAAGUAUGAUCUCAUUGACCAUAGAAAAGGAAUCAAUUUUAUAAAAGUAUUAAUACAUGUAUUAAUUUUUUACUUCUUUGAAUCACCUGGUGUGUAAUAUUUAGUAACAUUUCUGUCUUGAAGCAAUGCUGUGCAUCUGAGUCUUAAUGGACGUGUAACCUGGAAAGAGCAAUUGCUUUGUAUAUGUUAUUUUACAGGUUAAAAUAGUAAAUAGUAAAAAGAUGCAAGACCUAGAAAUAUGUUUAUUGUUGCAUUAGAAAAUUCUUUCAAUUUUGUCUUUUUGAAUGUAUAUUUAUAUCAAAUUGUUACUUUCUAUAUGAUCACACUUAAAUUAUUUAGCCCAGCAUGUCUUGGUUGAUGUAUAUUGUAUAUAUUGCUGAGUUUUUCACCAUGCUCUGGUACAUAUCUUUCAUCAUGACCAUUACCCUUUUAUUCUUUCCCAAUUUUAUGGGAAUAUUGUGCAAUAAAUGUCUAUGUUACA